CAACAACAACCAGAGGUCCUGUUGAGAAACAACCUGCACCAUCGGGAAUUUUUGGGACAUGGGUAGGAUCAUUUGAUUGUAACAAUGUUGAAUACAGUGCCAGGAUAGAUAUAUCUGAUGUAGGAGACCAGGGAAUGCAACCACAGGGAGUGCUAACAUAUUGGAAAGCUGAGGCUAUGGUCAAUGGUUCACAGGAAAUUAAGGGCACUUUAAAUAAGGCAAACGGCGCAUUCACAUUGCUUGGAAUAAAGUGGAUCGAGCAACCAGCUGGUCAGAAAGCCUGGUUUUUGUUGGUCAAUGGGCAGUUUGACAACACAAAGCAAACAAUAUCAAUGUCUUUUGUAUCCCCUGGUCUUUGCAAAAGUGAGAUGACAACCUUUUAUAGGCAAAACAUUUCAACAACCACUGCUGCCGAUGACACACAACCCAUACCAACAUCUUCAACCAAAGCUCCUGCUAACACGCCAGGAAUUCUUGGGACAUGGGUAGGAUCAUUUGAUUGUAACAAUGUUGAAUACAGUGCCAGGAUAGAUAUAUCUGAUGUAGGAGACCAGGGAAUGCAACCACAGGGAGUGCUAACAUAUUGGAAAGCUGAGGCUAUGGUCAAUGGUUCACAGGAAAUUAAGGGCACUUUAAAUAAGGCAAACGGCGCAUUCGCAUUGAUUGGAAUACAGUGGAUAAAUAAACCAGAUGAUCAGACAGCUUUUUUUGUGUUGAGCCAUGGGCAAUUUGACAACAAAGAGGACACAAUAUCAUUACGGUUUCAAUCGCAUAACUUUUGCACCAGUGAGAUGACAACCUUUUAUAGGCAAAACACAACUUUGCCUAAAGACUGUAGUGAUGAC